UCGGGAAUUUUCGAAUUCUCGUAAGCGUCCAUUCGUGCAGAUCAACUGUCGCGUCAGCGACCCAACUCUGUUUGACAUUUGUGACAGCUCCUAACCUAUAAAAAUUUACAAUACAAAAAAUGACUUUUAUCGACGAUUAUUUAACCGAAGAAGCAAAAAAGGAUAGCAUACCUGAAAAAUCGCCUCCAGAAGGAAAACAGUGGGGCUACGACCUGUACCCCGAACGCCGUAAGCCUGACACAACCCCCAACGUGAGCGGGCUGCUGGACAAAAAAGGCUACGAAAACAUCCAAAAAAUAAAAUGUGAACGCAACGUUUACAAAUGUAUCAAACAAAGCCCCAUUAUUAAAUUAAUGAUGGGGGCACUGAAGAGCUCAGGAUGCCCUGUGGACAUCAGACGGCACAUCUCCUGCGAGGAAUGCGACCCCAGUGUAAGUGGAGGCUUCGACCCCGUCCUAAACCAAGUAGUAGUGUGCCAGAACGGGGCGAAAAAACCCGCACAUGUCCAAGGCGUUUUGCUCCACGAAAUGAUCCACAUGUUCGAUUAUUGCCGCCAUGACUUGAAUUUUAGAAACCUGGACCAUUUGGCGUGCACUGAAAUUAGAGCUGCCAAUUUGGCUCACUGUAGUUUUAUGUCGGCGUGGGUUCAGGGAGACGCCUCGCUUUUCAAUAUUAAGGCAACGCAUGGUGACUGUGUUAAGAGUAAAGCGCUUAGUUCUAUUCUAGCAACUAGGAGUGUUUCCACUGAGGAGGCUGUCGAUGCCAUAGAAAGGGUGUUUCCGAAGUGUUAUCGCGACCUGGAGCCUGUGGGGAGGCGGAUACGGAGGAAUUCUGAUGACAUGUACAAAGCCUACACAGAAGGGUUCUACUACGGAUAUGAUAGUGUUUAGCUAUCAUGUUAUUUAUUGUUGUACAUAGAAACAUUUAAUAAAUAUUUUAACACGC